UUACGUCUUCGUCUGUUUCCAUCUCUCAGUGCCAAUACCAAAGAAACUCAACUCAUACGCGCUCUCGAAAAGCAACUGUAACCGAAUCUUCUCUUCUGAUCCGAUCCACUGUUUCUCCAUGAGCUCCGGUAAUUCCUCCUCCUCCGACCGCGGAUCCCAACCACCUUCUUCGGCCAAGCAAAGGGAGAAGGCCAGAGUCAGCAGGACUUCAAUGAUACUGUGGCACGCUCAUCAAAACGAUGCCUCCGCUGUUCGGAAACUUCUUGAGGAGGAUCCAUCUCUUGUCCACGCUAGGGAUUACGAUAGCCGCACCCCUCUCCACGUUGCCUCUCUCCACGGUUGGAUCGACGUUGCCAAGUAUUUGAUUGAGUUUGGUGCUGAUGUCAACGCCCAGGAUCGUUGGAAGAAUACGCCUUUAGCUGAUGCAGAAGGAGCUAAAAAGUACGCCAUAAUUGAGUUUUUAAAAUCAUAUGGUGGUUUAUCCUAUGGCCAAAAUGGAAGCCAUUUUGAACCAAAGCCUGUUGCACCACCCCUACCAAGCAAGUGUGACUGGGAAAUUGACCCAUCUGAGCUUGAUUUUUCAAACUCAGCAAUUAUUGGAAAGGGGUCAUUUGGGCAGAUUUUAAAAGCCUACUGGCGUGGAACACCUGUAGCCGUCAAGCGCAUACUUCCGUCCCUUUCGGACGAUAGAUUGGUGGUUCAGGACUUCAGGCAUGAGGUUAAUUUGCUAGUGAAGCUUCGCCACCCAAAUAUAGUCCAAUUUCUUGGAGCUGUCACUGAGAAGAAACCCCUUAUGUUGAUCACCGAGUAUUUACGGGGGGGUGAUCUUCAUCAGUACCUCAAGGAAAAGGGCGCACUAAGUCCUUCAACAGCCAUUAACUUUGCACUGGAUAUUGCCAGAGGCAUGGCUUAUCUUCACAACGAGCCAAAUGUCAUUAUUCACAGAGACCUGAAACCAAGGAAUGUUCUUUUGGUCAACUCCAAUACUGACCAUUUGAAAGUUGGAGAUUUUGGACUCAGCAAACUUAUCAAAGUUCAAAAUUGUCAUGAUGUUUACAAAAUGACUGGCGAGACAGGGAGCUAUCGGUAUAUGGCUCCUGAAGUUUUCAAGCACCGGAAAUAUGAUAAGAAGGUUGAUGUUUUCUCUUUUGCGAUGAUACUAUAUGAGAUGCUUGAAGGGGAACAACCACUUGCAAAUUAUGAGCCUUAUGAAGCAGCCAAGAUUGUGGCAGAGGGCCAUAGACCACCUUUUCGUGCUAAAGGAUUUACCCUUGAGCUGAGAGAAUUAACAGAUCAGUGUUGGGCUGCUGAUAUGAACAGAAGACCUUCCUUUUUGGAUAUUCUGAAGCGACUUGAAAAGAUUAAGGAAAUUUUACCCUCAGAUCACUCUUGGAACAUAUUCAAUUCGUAACACACAGCAGUCGCACCACCAAAUACAAGAUAUGAGCCACUCAUGCCCGUCAUUUCUUGAACCCACAAUUGUCCAGAUAGAAUUGUGAAUUGUGAAUAGAUUCCACUGACAAAGGUUGUGAUUUACUGCUGUCACUAUUUUGUCAGUGUCAGAAUUUUGUUAUUCAAUGACCUUUCAUAUUGAUCUCAAGCCAACCUUUUCAAGUAAAAUCAGUCAACUAACAGGCAUACACAUGCUCAUUCUCUAACCCAGGCAUUUCCAUUGUUAUCCAAAUGUAAUUUGGCUUUAUGAGACAUGGGUGUUGGCAACAUCACAUUCCAUACUUUAAGUUCUUAGGUGUUUUUCUUGCA